CUCUCGCAACAGAACUGCCGCUGGUUACGUGUCCGAAAAUUCCAUAAAAAGCGAAAUGAGUCACAAAUUCAUUGGUGUCUGCCUGCUGCUGGCCUGCCUGGUCGCCUCCGUCCACAGUGCUGCCAAGGUGCCCAUUGCCAUUUACUACGAGUCCCUGUGCCCGGACAGCGCCAAGUUCAUUACGGAGCAGCUCUAUCCGGCCGUAAAGGGGGAGCUGCGCGAUGUGGUGGAUCUCACAUUUGUGCCGUUCGGCAAGUCCCAGUUCUUCACGCAGGGCGCCGAGGUGACCUUCACCUGCCACCAUGGACCGAACGAGUGCUACGGCAACAAGGUGCAUGCCUGCGCCAUCGAGCACAUCCAAGCCAACUCCUACCAGAUUGAGUACACGCGCGAGUCGCUGACCCUCGACUUCAUCAACUGCCUGAUGCGGGCCGGCAAGAAUUUCCCGGACAACGUGUACCCCGGCCAGCGCUGUGCCACCGAGAACCACAUCAACAACUGGGAGAACAUCAAGACCUGCGCCAACACCACCGAGGGCAGUCAGCUGCUUCGUAAGGCCGGCGAAGCCACCAUGCGGCUCAAGGAGCCCCUCACCAGCGUGCCCAGUAUUCUCUUCAACGAGCAAUUCGAGAAGAAGGUCAACGACCGCGCCCAGGUCAACUUCAUUGGCACCCUCUGCCAGUACGUCUCGGCGCCCCAGCCCAGAAUCUGCGCUCAGCACAACGCCGCCGCCACCCCUAGCCUGGCCAGCGUAAGCGCCAUCUUAAGCUCCCUGCUGGGUCUUUGGUCUAUCCGCUCCUUCUACUAAGCUGUCAAGUUUCCAACUGAAUCUGAAUCUCAAUCUUCAAUUGCUUCCGCCCCAACUUCCGUGCAAUGGGGAAUCUCAAUGCCUUAUGAUUUGUUUUUCUCUUUUGUUCUGCUUACUGGUUUGCUUCCAGGCCAAUUGAAACCCAAGCCGUCCAAUCGUCCAGCUCCAAUAUAUAUAUCAGAGAUCAAACUUAUUUUGCACGAGCUGGAGUGCUCUUAAAUGUAACAAUUAAAUAAAACGUUAAAAACAGAAAAA